UGCCCUGCAGAAGUGAAUCAUUGAAGGACAAUGGCAUCUGUUAAAGAGCAGCUUGUGAAAUCACUGAAAGAACUAGUCAAAGAUGAUCUGAAGGAGUUUCAGUGGUACCUGAAGAAUCAUGAGUGUGUUUCAACUUCUGAAAUGGAGAACACAGAUGUCUUAGACACAGUGGACAAAAUGGUGGCAAGUUUUGGACAAGAAGAAGCUGUGAUGAUCACAGUGAACAUCCUUAAGAAGAUGAACCAAAACCUUCUGGCUGAACAGUUAGAGAACAAACACAAUGAAGUUCAGACUGAGGGCAAUAUGAAUGCUUCUGCCACUGUUGGAGCUGCUUCAAAACAGAUCUUGGACUCAACUGCAGAGGACAGUAAAGCUGAUCCUCAUUAUUACAGAAAGCUCAGCCUUAGACUGAAGAACAAAUUACAAGAGGACUACAAGCGGAUAUUGGUUGGUAAUUCUCAGACAGGUCAUCGGCAGUACCUGAAUGAUAUUUACACUGAUCUAUAUGUGGUGGAGAAUGAGACUGGAGGAAUAAUGAUUGACCAUGAGGUGAGACAGAUCGAACUAAAUAUCAGCCGAUCUACUGCAAAGGACUCAGCGAUCCAGUGCAAUCACAUAUUCAAAGAACAAAUGGGUCAACAAAACAGAAAAGUGCUGACGAUGGGAAUCGCAGGUGUGGGAAAAACUGUCUCUGUCAAUAAAUUCAUUCUUGACUGGGCUGAAGGAAAUGAAAAUCAGAAUAUACUCUUCGUAUUUCCUCUCCCAUUCCGUAAAUUGAAUAUGAUUAAAAAGAACUGCAGUCUCAUCGAUCUGCUUCAAGAAUGCUUCUUUAGUGGUCCUGAAGAACUGCCCUCUCUUCCUGAAGGCGACUGUAAGGUCUUGUUCAUCUUUGAUGGGUUGGAUGAAUGUCAUUUCCCUUUGAGAUUUAAUGAAAGUGAUGCAUUUACAGAUGUGCAUGUAAAAACAACAGUGAGUAAAAUAGUUACAAACCUAAUCAAGACACAUCUGUUACCCUCUGCUCUCAUCUGGAUCACAUCCAGACCAGCAGCAGCCGGUCUGAUACCCCGAGACUACAUUGAUCAGGUGACAGAGGUACGAGGAUUCAAUGAUGAGCAAAAAGAGCAAUACUUCAUCAAAAACAGUCCUGGGGUUGCUGGAAACAUCAUCUGUCACAUCAGGAAAUCCAGGAGCCUGUGCAUUAUGUGCCACAUCCCUGUCUUCUGCUGGAUCUGUCUCACUGUUCUUCAACCUCUACUGACUCAAGAGGGCAAUGACAAAAUACCAACAACUCUCACUGCGAUGUACACAAACUUCUUACUAUCUCAGAAGCAAAAGAUGAAAAAAUACUGUUAUGAUCCUGAACUUAAUCCUAAAGCCAAGUCUUUUGAUCAGGUUAUUCUGAAACUUGGGAAACUGGCCUUUAAACAGCUACAGAAAGGUAAUCUGAUUUUCUACAAAGAAGAUAUUGAGGAGUGUGGACUAGAUGUCAGUGAAGGGUCAGUGUACUCUGGGUUAUGCACUCAGAUCUUUCAGAAAGAAAGGGCUUUUUCAAUGAGAAGUGUUUACAGCUUCGUACAUCUCAGUGUUCAGGAGUUCCUAGCUGCUCUCUACGUGUUUUUCAGAUACAAAUGUUUUGGAAGAAGAUUUGUAUUUCUUCAAUCUUGGACAGACAAAGUGAAAUGGGGUAUCUUCAAAAAGUCAUUAUUUGACUUUCAUAAGGCUGCGAUCAACAAGGCUUUGCAGAGCAAGAAUGGACACUUGGACCUUUUCCUCAGGUUCCUGCUGGGUCUCUCACUGGAGUCCAAUCAGAGUGACCUGAAGGAACUGCUGCCCAGACUGAAACUAAAAACCAAGAAUGUCAAAGACGUUGCUGAUUAUAUCAAAAAGAAAAUAGAGAAGGAAAAUAAGGUAGAGAGAACUAUCAACCUAUUUUACUGUCUGAGUGAACUGAAAGAUGACUUUGCAGAGGACAUCCAGAUUCAUCUGAGCUCAGGAAAUCUUUCAGCAAAUCUCUCCUCUUCUCAAUGGUCGGCUCUGGUGUUUCUGCUCCUGAUUUCAGAAGAGACUCAAGAGAUGUUUGAACUGCAGAAAUACAGAAGAUCUGAUGACGCAUUAAUGAGACUGCUACCAGUGAUCAAAAACACUAGACGAGCACUUUUACAGUCCUGUAAUCUCACUGCUCAGUGUUGUGAGAGUUUGUCAUCAGCUCUUCAAUCCUCAAACUGUGUCCUGAGAGAACUAGAUCUGAGUAACAAUGACCUGAAGGAUUCAGGAGUGAAGCUGCUCUCUGAUGGACUGAAGAGCCCAAACUGUCAGCUGCGCAUACUAAGAUUUGCAUUUUGUAAUCUUACUACUCGGUGCUGUGAGAGUUUGUCAUCAGCUCUCCAAUCCUCAAACUGUGUCCUGAGAGAGCUGGACCUGACUAACAACGACCUGCAGGAUUCAGGAGUGAAACUGCUGUCUGGUGGACUGAAGAGUUCAAACUGUCAGCUGCACAUACUGAGGCUGUCAGGCUGUAUGGUGACAGAGGAAGGCUGUGGAUAUGUGUCUUCAGCUCUGAGUUCAAACCCCUCACACCUGAGAGAACUGGAUCUGAGCUACAAUCACCCAGGAGAUUUAGGAGUCAAGAUGCUCUCUGACAGACUGGAGGAUUCAAACAUCUCACUGCAGAUACUCAAUGUGGUUCAUGGAGGAGAGUUCAGGAUGACAGCAGGACUACGAAAGUAUGCCUGUGAUCUCACACUGGAUCCAAACACAGCACACUCUCGUCUCAUUCUGUCUGAUAAGAACAGGAAAGUCACAUAUGUUUAUGGUCAUCAGCCGUAUCCUGAUCAUCCAGAGAGAUUUAAGAACUGCGAACAGGUUCUGUGUGGGGAGAGGUUGACUGGACGCUGUUACUGGGAGGCUGAAUGGAGUGGAUAUAAUGCUGAUAUAUCAGUGUCAUGUAAAGGAGUCAACUGGAAAGGAGGGAGUGUCUUUGGGUUUGGAUCCAAUGGCAAUUCCUGGAGUCUGAUCUGCUCUGAUAACAAAUUCUCUGCCUGGCACAUUAAAAAGCGAACUGCCAUACCAGCCCCUCCACCCUUUUCUAAUAGAGUAGGUGUCUAUCUGGACGUGUCGGCCGGCACUCUGUCCUUCUACAGCGUCUCUGACACACACACACUCACACACUUACACACAUUCAACACCACAUUCACUGAACCCCUCUAUGCUGGGUUUAGGGUUUAUUUGAACUCUUCAGUGUCUCUGUGUCCGAUUAAAACUUAGAGAAGCACACCCAACAUACAUAUCCCUAUAUUAAACAACAUCACUA